AUAUUAGGAUUUGGGAGCAAAAGACUAGAACUAAAAGGUAUCUGUUGAGCUUCCCCCACCCUGAUCAGAGGAUUCAGAGCGUGUAUACAGGAUUACAAGGUGGAUUCAGGUGGACUAGAGUCCACAUUUGUAACAUCCGUUUUAAGUGUUCCAUUCCGUUCUGUCCUGGUGGUGUUCUUGAGGAAUGGCUCAGAGGUCACAACCAGUAACCAGUGUUGGUAAGAUGCGUUGCAUAUCAUGUAGAGAUGAAUACCUGGCUUCCGAUGCAGGUACCUGCAAAGAGUGUUACGAGGAAGCAAGUGAGACUGAGGAAGAAUUGAAGAGAGAGAUUGAAGACCUCAAAUCUAAGAUCUCAUUUUUAACUUGGUUAUCUCCGGUCGAUGAUCAUCACCGUCCAUCUUCCGUUUUAUCAUUCACUGAUGUCGUUCUUGUUGCUACGGAUGAUCAAUCUCCUCCUGUUCCUGCUCACAAGGCAAUUUUGGUCAGCAGAUCUCCGGUGUUCAAAGUGAUGCUAGAAAGCGAGAUGGAAGAGAGCAGAAGUGGAACCAUAAAGAUCAGUGAUGUUUCUUACAACGUGCUUCGCUCCUUUGUGCAUUACUUGUACACUGCAGAGGCAACCCUUGAUGAGAAUAUGGCCCUCGAUCUUUUGGUGCUAGCAGAAAGAUAUCAAGUGAAGCACCUGAAGGCGUACUGUGAGAAAUUCAUGACAUCGAAAGUUAAUGGAGAAAACGCGCUAAUAAGUUUCGCAUUUGCCAACCAGCACAAUGCCAAGCACCUAAUGGAAGCAUCACUUUCUAUGGUGAUGGACAACAUGGACAAACUAACAAAGCAGGAUGAGUACAAGGAGCUCGUGGAAAAAGACCCUCGCCUCGUUGUAGAGAUAUACGAAGCAUAUCUCUCUAAGCAGGUCAAUACUGCUGCUGUUGCCAACGAAUAUUUAUGAGUAAGUUUGUCAAGAACAUUCAGUGCAAGGCAAUGAUCAUAUUGAAGCUUAGGAUGAAACUUGGUAUAUAACAAAUGUAAUUAUUUCUAUUAAAACAUGCGGACUUUGUUUUGAAGUUAACAUUGCAAUGAGCAUUUAUGCGUUUCAGCAUGCCACACUCAGCGUGCUUAUUUAUUAGUUAAUUGUAAAAGCCGAACCCAUGGUACAACAAAUUUAAGUUUGAACACAAUUUCUAU